GCGGAUUUGGCCCGCGAAGAGAGAGAGAGAGAGAAAUUUAUUCGAAUUUAUCUACAUUUGGGGAGCGUUUCGUUUCAUUUCAUUUUAAUUUGGAGACGUUGAAGUCUUUGUUUCUUGGUUUCUCCUUUCUCCGUCUCUUCGUCUGUGUCUCGAUUGGAUUUUGGGGGGAUUGUCGGAACUCAGUGAGGCAUGGCGAUCGAACCUUUGCUUCUCUUUUGUUAUCGGUCUCGUCGCCUGGUUUCUGAGGCCGUCUUGGCUUUUGAUUUCGGUUUCUCUUCAUUCUUUUUAGAUCGGUGAUUGUUUCUCUGCAGAUCUGUAAAGCUUUAAUGGAGUUGUUGAUAGUUUUUUAGCUGCUUUCGGUCUUCGGACUCUGAAAAUAGGUGGAUUUCCAGUUGAUCGAAGCAUGUGCGGUGGUCCGGAACACUUAAAAUCUACGUCGUCACAGUCUCCGUCUCUAUCUCCAUCUCUUUCAUCUUCUGAACAAAGCAUAUCUUCAACCAAAGACAUGAAUCACUUGACUGUUGAAACUGAUGAUUCUUUUGCUAGCUUGCUCGAGCUUGCCGCUAACAACGACCUUGAAGGUUUCAAGCGCUCAAUUGAGCGUGAUGCCUCUGCCAUUGACGAGAUUAGUCUAUGGUAUGGACGUCAGAAGGGCUCAAAACAGAUGGUUCUCGAGGACAGAACUCCUUUGAUGGUUGCUGCCACCUAUGGUAGCGUUGAUGUUCUUCAGCUCAUCCUCGCUUUAUCUGAGGCUGAUGUAAAUCGGUCUUGCGGCCCAGAUAAGACUACUGCCCUCCACUGUGCUGCUUCUGGUGGAUCUGUGAAUGCUGUUAAUGUUGUGAAGCUACUUUUGAUGUCGGGUGCAGAUCCUAACUGUGUGGACGCCAAUGGACGCCGACCUGUGGAUGUUAUUGUUGUGCCUCCAAAGCUGUCGAACGUGAAAGUUGAUCUGGAGGAGCUUCUCUCAAGCACCGUUUCUAAUGGUUCUAUUGCUGAGCACGGCCUUCGGGUCUCCACAGCUACUUCUAAUUCGAAUUCCCCUCCACUCUCGUCGUCCCCAGAGAACGGAUCCCCUUCUUCUGAGUCUGAUUUUCCAUCUUCACCGAUGACUCUGAAGUAUAAUGAUCUCCCUGUGUCUUCAGCAUCGGAGAAGAAAGAGUACCCGAUUGAUCCAUCUCUACCUGAUAUCAAGAACAGCAUCUACGCAACAGAUGAGUUCCGCAUGUUCUCGUUCAAGGUUCGACCUUGUUCCCGGGCCUACUCCCAUGACUGGACCGAGUGCCCCUUUGUUCAUCCUGGUGAGAACGCUCGCCGGAGAGACCCUCGGAAGUAUCACUACAGCUGUGUUCCAUGCCCUGAUUUUCGCAAAGGUGCUUGUAGAAGAGGGGAUAUGUGUGAAUAUGCUCACGGGGUUUUUGAGUGCUGGCUUCAUCCAGCGCAGUACAGGACUCGCCUCUGCAAGGAUGGAACUAAUUGCAUGCGAAGGGUCUGUUUCUUCGCCCACACAUCUGAAGAGCUCCGCCCCUUGUAUGUAUCCACAGGCUCUGCCGUUCCAUCUCCUCGCUCAAGUGCUUCUGCUGCUACUGCUAUGGAGAUGGCUGCAGCCAUGAGCCUCCUGCCUGGUUCUCCCUCAUCGGUGUCUGUCAUGUCACCCUCCCCUUUCACUCCUCCCAUGUCUCCAUCUGCCAAUGGAAUUUCUCACUCCUUGGCCUGGCCGCAGCCGAAUGUCCCAACCUUACAUCUUCCUGGAAGCAAUUUUCAGUCCAGUCGUCUGAGGUCAUCCCUUAGUGCUAGAGACAUCCCAGCUGAGGACUUCAACAUGUUACAGGAUUUUGAUGCCCAGCAGCAGCAACAACUCCUCAAUGAUCUGUCUUGCUACUCACAGUCUCGACUUGGUUCAUCCUCAGUGAAUCGAGUUGGUCGAUCGAAAACCCUAGCUCCUUCAAACCUUGACGAGCUUUUUACUGCAGAAAUCUCUUCCUCUCCUAGGUACUCUGAUCAAGCUUCUUCAGCUGUCUUCUCUCCCUCGCACAAGUCAGCCGUUCUCAACCAGUUCCAGCAGCAGCAGAGUAUGUUAUCACCCAUCAACACAAACGUGUUCUCUCCGAAGAACGUUGAUCACCCAUUACUGCAAGCUUCCUUUGGUGUUCCAUCCCCAGGAAGGAUGUCACCCCGGAGCGUGGACCCGCAAUCUCCCAUCAGCUCCCGGCUUUCCGCCUUCGCUCAACGUGAGAAGCAGCAGCAACAGCUCCGUAGUCUGAGUUCGCGUGAUCUUGGAUCUAGCCCUGCUGGAAUUGUUGGGUCCCCUGUAAAUUCUUGGUCCAAAUGGGGAUCCCCGAACGGAAAGUUAGAUUGGGCUGUUAAUGGAGAUGAAUUGGGUGGCAUGAGGAGAUCAUUCGAGGUCGGGAACAACAGCGAAGAGCCUGAUUUGUCAUGGGUUCAGUCACUGGUGAAGGAAUCACCUCCUGAGAUCAAAGAGAAGCUAGCUGUUCCAACCUCUGUAGCUGCAGCACCGGCCGGUGAAGGCUCAAAUUCGAACUCUCACUUGGAUGCCAUUGAUCAUUCAGUUUUGGGAGCUUGGCUGGAGCAGAUGCAGCUUGAUCAGCUCGUCGCUCAGUGAAAAUCAAACUCCUUUUUACUGGGCUAUGAGGUAGUAGAUCAACUAUCAUCAUUUAGUAAAUAUAUUAUAUAUAAAUAUUUAUUUGGGUUCAUUGGCGGGGAUGUGGUGGUACUAGAGGGGAAAAGAGGAUUAAAAAAAAAGGGUUUUAGAAAAUUUCAGAAGGAAAAUUUAUUUUUCACCAUUUGUUACAGCAGAAGUGAGAGUGGAAGAAAAAGACAACCUCCCUGGGUUAAAUUCAAAGACCCAGUCUUGGCUAGGUGGAUUUUCUCCCUAAAUCUCGGAUUUUAGGUCUUUUUUUUCUCCAGUUCAUCUUUUCUUUUGAUCUACAAAAUCUUUUCUGUCUUUUACCAAGUCUUUUUUUAUUUUCUUCUUUUUUUGCUCUUUAAUUUAUUAGUAACAAUGUUGAGAACAAAAAGGAAAAAAGGAAAAACGGAAAGGGGAAUGCAGAUGAGGGGAAUGGGGUUAAUUUUUUUUUCAUUUUGCGUGUUUCACAGGGCUCUCAGUGAGUCUGGUGUAUUGACUAGGUCCUUUUGGAUUUUGGAAAGGGACACAUUGGGAAGGGGAAGGGGAAGGGGAAGAAACAAAAUGUGGUAACUGACGUGUUCCAUUGUUAAAGACUUAAUUAUUAUUAUUUGAGGGUAGGGUUGCAUAUUGUCCCUUUGGUGAUGUAACAUUGAAUUGGAAGCAUAUUAUUAUUAUUAUUAUUUCAAUACCUUUAUUUUUUCCA